AUGAUUCGAAAGCCUUUAUUGUUCGUUGCUUUGCUCGUCGGAACAAGCGUACAAGCGCAGCAACUACCCCCGCCUACACGCGAGGGAUUCGUGUAUCCACCGGGUCGGAAGAUCGAACCGGAUACGAUACUUAUCGAAGCGUAUUUUGACCCGGUUUGCUCCGAUUGCACAGACGCUUGGGAACCGUUAAAGCUAGCGGUUGAUCACUACGGAUCUCGUGUUGCUCUUGUUCUCCACCUCCUCCCUUUGCCGUUCCAUGACAAUGCGUUUGUUGUAUCUCGGGCCUUACACAUUGUGAAUACUAUAAACGCUAAUGCCACGUUCAGUUUUCUGGAAGGGAUCUUCAAGCAUCAGGCAUUGUUCUACAACUCGCAAACACAAUUCAUGUCAAGACCAGCAGUUGUGGACAAGUUAGUCAAACUCGGGACAGUUACAUUAGGUAGCUCGUAUCAUCAUCAUCUGAAAGCUGGCUUCCGCAACUCAAUAUCUGAUCAUGCCACUAGGGUUUCCUUCAAGUAUAGCGUUUCAAGAGGAGUUUCCGCAACACCAACCUUCUAUGUGAAUGGGUUUGAGCUGCCCGAUGCUGGUUCUCCCAUGGAUUUUGAAGGAUGGAAAAACACCAUUGAUCCUCUGAUGGACAUGUAUGAGCGUGUUGCGAAGCCGAAGGAUGAGACUCCGAUUGCUGAGAACGAGAUUCGUAUCACUAGUACCGGUAGGGCGAGAAACUGCAUCACCUACGCGAUGGCUCUUCUUCAGGAGAAAGGAUCAGAUGAAGUUAUUUUCAAGGCAAUGGGAAGAGCUAUCAACAAGACUGUGAACAUUGCUGAGUUGAUUAAGAGAAGGAUUCCUGGUCUUCACCAGAACACAUCUAUUGGAUCCACGGACAUAACUGAUACCUGGGAACCUAAAGAGGAAGGCCUUCUUCCAAUUGAGACGACAAGGCAUGUGUCGUUGAUCACUAUAACUCUUUCGAAGAAGGAGCUGAACACAUCCUCUGUUGGGUACCAACCUCCGAUUCCUAUUGAGAUGGUGAAGCCUUUAGCUGAGAUUGAUUACGAAGGCCAUGAUGGAUCACCAAGAGGCAGAGCAAGAAGAGGCCGAGGAAGGGGAAUGGGAAGAGGAAGAGGUGGCAGAGGGGAUGGAUAUGUGAACGUUGAGUAUGAUGAUGGAGGUAUGGAACCUGAGCGACCAUCUGGUAGAGGAAGAGGAGGGCGCGGUAGAGGUGGAGGACGUGGUGGUCGUGGAAGAGGAGGUUACAAUGGUCCUCAACAUCACUAUGAAGCUCAACAAGAUGGAGGAGACUAUGGAAACAAUGCUCCUCCUCCACAGUAUCAGGAGUAUGAUGAUGGAGGUAUGGAGCCUGAGCGGUCAUCUGGUAGAGGAAGAGGAGGCCGCGGGAGAGGAGGACGACGUGGUGGUGGUCGUGGAAGAGGUGGGUACAAUGGUCCUCAACAAUACUAUGAAGCUCAACAACAUGGAGGAGACUAUGGAUACAAUCCUCAACAGGAUUAUGGAUAUGAUGCUCCUCCUCAGGGCCGUGGAGGUGGCCGUGGAAGGGGAGGUCGUGGAAGAGGAGGAGGCCGUGGCGGGUUUAACAGAUCAAAUGGACCACCGAUUCAGGCAGCUGCUUAA